AUGUUCGACCAGCCCGAGUCGUUCUCGUUUUCAUCUACCCGGAUUCUCGCAGGAGUAGCAAUUGUUGUCGUACUCGGAGAGUACUGCAGAGGAAGACUUUUCGCCAAGGAUGCACUCCCACUCCCCCCGGGGCCUCCACCGAGCUGGUUUUGGAAUAGUGCUAUGCCAUCGAACAACGUUGCCUUGACAGUUACCCAAUGGAUGCAAGAAUAUGGUCCAGUCGUCUCUGUACGUCAGGGAAAUCAAGUCUCGGUCAUCAUUGGAAGUGUAGAGGCUGCCAACGAUAUCAUGGAGAAAGAAGGGAGCGCUCUCGUCGAUCGCCCGCAUGCCAUAGCUGCUGACGAAAUGUUAUCCCAAAAUAUGCGCCUCGUUCUUAUUGGUGUCGGGUCACGGUUUCGUCGGUUCCGCAAAGCGGCGGGUCUACAAUUACAACCAAAGGCAGUGGAAGCGUACCGAGACAUACAAGUAGAGGACGCGAAACGGCUCAUGCAUGAUAUUUUAAGGGCGCCAGAUGAACACCAGGAACAUGCGAAACGAUUUGCACAUUCGGUCAUCCUGCGCAUCACCUAUGGGAAGUCAACGCCGACCGCGAACACAGAUCCUGAGGUGAUAGGGAUGAACCUCGUGCUCGAACGUUUUGGACUUGUUAUGCAACCCGGUGCUUUUUUGGUUGAUCGCAUUCCCAUUCUGCGGUACGUGCCUUGGUACGGACGUCAGUUGAAGACCUGGUUUCGUGAGGAGCAUGAACUAGGACUAGGGCAGAUGGAGCGGGUAAAAAAUGAAAUAGCAAGUGGUAUCGCUGGUCCGUCUUUCAUGCGAACACUUCUCGAGCAACAUCAGCAUCAGCUAUCGAAAGAUGAAAUGUCUUUCUUGGGAGGGACCAUUUUUGGCGCGGCUGCUGACAACCAACUAGAUGCAGUCGUAGGUAGGGAACGGGCCCCAUCUUUCAAAGAUAUCCAACAUCUUACUCAGCUGCAAGCAUUUAUGCAUGAAACGUUACGGCUGGAGGCCCGUCGUCCCGCUCGGGAUAUAAUAUGGAGAGGGUUCCGGAUUCCUGCCGGCGCAACUGUCUACGGCUGCCACUGCUGCCUUUUCCUGACCCCGAAAAAUUUGAUCCCCAGAGAUGGAUUGACCUGCUGCGGUCACAUUCGCCCCGAUCUCAAGUCUUUCCCAUUUGGCUUUGGCAGGCGGUCACGAACUGACUCUAUGUUGAUCACGCUUGCACAUUUGUUCUGGACUUUUCGAAUCUCAGAACCCAAGGAUGCGCCCAUAGAUAGGUGGGCGUUCGAAGACAAUGUAAUUGCACACCCCAAGCCAUUUUCGGUCAAAUUUUCCCCCAGGUUUGAUGUGGGGUAUUUGGAAGAAGUAAUGGGGCAAUCCUAG